AUGAUUAAAAAUCAUCAUAAUCAAUCAUUUUCAAAUAUAUUCAAUAACAAUAUAAUGAUGAGUUCUUUACAUAAUUCACCUACUCAACCAAAUGUAUCUAAACCAAAAUUACAGUCAUUACCAUCUUUUAGUGAAUUGUUAACUUCAAUACCUUCUUUACCAUUAUCAACUCCAACACAAUCAUCAUUUAUGCAUUUCAAAUCAAGAAGUAAUAGUAAUUCAUCUACUUCUUCAUCAAUACCCAUAAAUUUUGCUAAUUCACAACACCAACACCAACAUCAUCAAAAUUCAGUUGUUACUUCUCCUUACAAUUACUAUUCACAACCUUCGGUUCAUCAUAGAUUACCUACUCCACCUUUAAAUCCAACUAAUAAUGUUGUUGUUCAGAAACAAUAUGUAUCAUAUCAACCUCAACAAUUUGUUGCACCACAACCAAUGACUUCAUCAUUUAGAAAUUCAUCUACUUCAUCAAAUAUAGAUCCAAUAACACCAAUAACUACAAAUUUUGAUCAUAAAAUACGAUCUUCAUCAACUGGUGAUAUACCUCAUUCUUCACCUCAAUCAUCUGUUAAAUCUAUUAUAACAACAUCAACAAUGUCUACGAAUACAACUCAAGCAUCGCCAAUUUUUCAAGAACAAAAAAAUCAUAAUCAAUAUCAAGAUCAAAUAACUUCACCAACAUCAUCUACAUUAUCAACAACUUCAACUUCAACAUCUCCUAAAUUACCAUUAUCUAAUUCUACAUCAACUUCAUUAUCACCAAAAGAUCCAAGAAGAAAACAUGUUUGUAGAGUAUGUUCAAGAUCUUUUACAACAUCAGGUCAUUUAGCAAGACAUAAUAGAAUUCAUACUGGUGAAAGAAAACAUGAAUGUCCUUGGCCUUCAUGUGAAGCUAGAUUUGCAAGACAAGACAAUUGUAUGCAACAUUAUAAAACUCAUACAAAUGGUAAAAAUAAAAGAAGUAGAAUUUAUAAUAAUUAUAAUUCUCAAUUAAAUAAAGAUAAUAGUGAAAGUAUUAAUAAUCUACGUGAUACAAUUAAAAAUAAUUUAAAUAUUGAUAAUGGUAAAGAAGUUGGUAAUGAAAGAAAAGAUCAGACUGAUGCUCAAUCUCAAUCUCAAGCUCAACAACAGCAACAACAAAAUUAUCAUCAACAACAAGUUCAACAACAACAAAUAAUACAUCAACAACAUUAUCAACAACCAGUUCCUCCACCUCAAUACAUGACUUUUACAUCUCAUCAACAUCAAUACCCAAUCUCCUCACAUUCAGGUAGAACUUACUAG